CAAAGAUGUUUUCAAGAACGAUGCUGUGUUUGACGCCGGUGUCGUCCCCGUGUUAUACUUGCAGUUAAUCGUUGUUCAUACAUUUGUAAUAACGAAAGACUGGCAUCAUGGGCACCAUGCGUCGCUCCUUGUGUUCACGGCUGAGAAAUCUGACCUUCCGCUCCUUCCUCCUCCUCCUCGUCCUCACGACAGUCAUCAUCAACGAGUUCCUCGUGCAUCGGAUCCAGAGCUGGAGAUGGCCAGCCAUGCCACACCCAUACAAAGACUCAGAGGAAGAGAUGAGGAUCUUGUUUGUCUCAGAUCCUCAGAUCAUAGGGUACCAGGAUGAGUCUAUGUUUCCUAUAGGCUCACUGACACGCUGGGACUCGGACAGUUUCCUCAGUCGAACGUUCUCCCUGGCGUUCAGCUACGCCCAGCCGGAUGUCGUGGUGUUCCUCGGGGACCUGAUGGAUGAGGGGAGUCGGGCGACGCCCGCGGAGUACGAGAUAUACAUGGACAGAAUUGAGAGUAUCUUCUACUCAGCUAGACACGUCAAGAAGAUAUUUGUGCCAGGGGACAAUGACAUAGGGGGAGAAGGCAGAGACUUCAGAAGUCCGUUCAAGAUAGCCCGAUUUGAAAACCAUUUUGAAAACCUUACUGGGAUUGAGCGAGUGGGAUUUAUUGACUUUAUCAAGCUGGACCUGAGAUUCAAUCGUGACAUGCCGCUGGAACAACGCAAACUUUUGGAGAAGCUUAAGAAACACUUCACAGCUCCACUACGCCUCAUCGUCAAUCACGAGACGAUGCUGCCCAAACUGAAGUCUUUCAUACAUCCAAUCCUCAUGGAAGUGCAGCCUCAUCUGCUGAUGUCUGGACACUGGCAUGAGGUUAGUCUGGGACCAGUGAGUGGGAGUAUAGAGGUGGGACUUGUGGGUGGAGUGCUGGGAUAUGGGGUGGGAGAACCCAGCAUGGGGUAUAGGGUGGGACUUAUAGAUCCCGAGGGGCAUGUGAAGUACACAGUUCUAUGGCUUCCUAGCCGAUACAUCCAGCUCUAUGCUUACCUGGGUGUCUUGGUGCUGGUCGCCAUUCUCUUCAUCUCCUGCUGCAUCAUGCAGUCGCUAUGGCAACAACAACAGCCACGGUAUCCAAGGUAGCAUCACAGGAAGUGUUGUGUGCCCCUCCCAGACGUCCAUCCAUCCAGUACCUCAGGCUGUAUAUUCGGCUUGAAAUACACACUUUUGGAAGUGAUGAAAUGUUUUUUUAAGCCCCGUUGGCUGAGUGGUUUGGAGUACUGGCUUUGUGUGCUUGCGAUUUGGUGCCUCUCUCCGAGUGUGAGUUUGAAUGUUGGAUGGGAUUCAAAACCCCUAGAGUAGUAGGAUUGGUAUUUUACUGAGAAAAUGUAAUCUCAAAUAUAACAUGUUAUAUGUUGCUUGUAAAUUGUCAAUAUUGCCAUAUUUCUAGAUUCUGAAUCACCUAUGAAUGUUACCUAUUAUCCACUCUCAUUCCCAGAGUUCCCUGUGGUGAAGAUAGUUCUCGUUCCACAGGCUAUGUAAAUGUGUUGAUCUGUUUUUAACAAGUCUGCAUAUUUGGAUAAACAAAGUUCUUACUCACCCGAUAUCACAAUGCUGUUAAACAUUGUGUAAUAACAUCACAUGGUGCCGGAACUAUUUGCACUCGGUCACAUGACCAAAGUAACAUGAUCAAAACAAAAUGUCAAUAUGUCAAAUCAAAACAAAAACAAAACCAAAUUAUGAAAUUCAACUUUUAUUGAUGUAAUAUCUUAAAAUGGGAAAUUACAUGAGCAAUACAGUUCCACAAGCUGGAUGCCCAAUGGAGAGCUAAUUAUGUGGUCCCGUUUAUGUGUAGACAUUUAGUUUCAAGUUUUCAAUGUUUUAGUAACACAUCUAUAUUAUUACGCAAA